AUGCCUAUCACUACCAAAGGUCUCUCUCUUGCUGCUAGAAAAAAUAUUCGAGAUGAACUUACUAAUAAAAUCCCUCAACUCGUUAAAACUUUAAAUUCCGUUACUGGAUCUGAUUACGAAUUUACUGUAGAUCUUAGUACGCUUUAUGAUGAUGAAGUUAAAGCAUCUCCCGAUAAUAAAGAUUGGAUAAAUAAUAAUUUGGGUUCUUUCACUUUCCAAUAUUUUGAUUCAUUGGUGGGUUACAUUAAAAAUUAUACCAUUAAUGAUGAUUUGGUUUGUACAAAUUUUAUUAAAUUAACCGAUAAGAAAGAAAUUCAACUUCUUCAUGAUGAAGAAAUGGAAGAAGGUUAUAAUAAAGUUGAAGUUGUUGAUGGAAUUAUUUUUAUUAAAAUUAAACCUUCAUGUUUUGGUACUAACAUUAGUGGAGUUGGAUAUAAUUUAAUUGACGUUUUAAAAUCUAAAGAUGAAGUUUUACCCGUAAAAGCUAAAAAAAAUAUUCGUGAUGAAUGGGAAUUAAAAUUACCUAAUCUUAAAAAAAUUUUAAAACAAGCUGUUGGUGAAAAUUAUGAAUUUGUAGUAAAUUUUGAAGAACUUUAUACUGAAGUCAUUUCCGCUCCAGAAAAUGAAUCUAAUAUUGAUUGGUAUACUGGUAGAUUAGGUGAAAUCGUUUAUGGUUAUUUUGAUUCGUUAAUUAAUUACAUCAAGAAUUAUACUCAAAAAGAUGAUUUGGUUAGAUCAGAAUUUCUUAUUACUACUUCAACCAGAAAAUUUAAUUUCGUAAUUGAUGACGAAAUUGAAGAAUAUAAUGUAACUGAAGUUAAAGAUGGUACACUUUUUAUUAAAGUUAAACGAACCACGUUAGGUACAAAUAGUUCAUCAAUCGGAUAUAAUUUAAUUGAUGUUAUUAAAGUUCCGGAAUCUACACUUCCAUUAAAAACCAAGAAAGAUAUUAGAGAUGAAUGGGAAACUAAAAUUCCUGCCUUAAAGAAAAAAUUAAAAGCGGCAACUGGAGAAAAUUAUGAAUUUGAAAUUGAUUUUGAAGAUAUUUUUAUGUUAGCUAUCAAAGCUAAUGAAGAUCAAGCUCAAUGGUAUAAAGAUAGAUUAGGAAGUAUGACUUAUCAAUAUUUUGAUUCAUUAGUGGGAUAUAUUGAACGAUAUACUAAAAAGGAUGAUUUAGUUCGUCAAGAAUUUAUUGAAUUAACUCAUGCUAAAACUUUAUGUUUAAUUACUGAUGACGAAAUCGAUGAAUAUAAUCAAAUUGAAAUUAAUAAUGGUAAACUUUAUAUUAAAGUUCCACCUAAAUAUUUGGGAACUAAUGCUAGUCCAGGAUAUGAUUUAGUUGAUAAACUUCACGCACCAAAUUCAGUUUUACCAUUAAGAACAAAGGUAAAUAUUCGUGAUGGUUGGGAUACUAAAAUUCCCGCCUUAAAGAAAAAAUUAAAAGAAGCAACUGGAGAAGAUAUUGAAUUUGUCGUUGAUUUUGAUAAUAUUUAUGAAACAGCUAAAAAGAAUUCUGAUGAUGACGGAAAAUGGGUUUCAGGUAGAUUGGGAGAAACAACUUUUGAUUAUUAUAAUUCAUUAAUUGGAUAUAUCGUUAAAUUAACUAAAGAUGAUGAUUUAGUUAGAGAAGGAUUUAUUGAAGCGGUAGAAACUAAAAAUAUUUAUCUUAUAUUUGAUGAAGAAAUAACUGAUUAUAAUGAUAUUGAAGUUAAAGAUGGUGGAUUAUAUAUUAGAAUUGGAUUAAAAUAUUUUGGUACUAAUACUGGAGGAUGCGGUUAUAAUCUUAUUAAUGUCUUGUAA